AUGGCCUCAAGCUCGACCGGGACUGAUCAAACUAUAAACGACCACAAAACUAGGAAUAUGGUGGCCACCGAAUCUGGUGCUUUCGAAGGGUACCUGGGGCAACAGGCCCUGACUACUGCUAGCAGUAGCGCUGAAAAACAUCACACGUCGCAUCCUGCGAAGGAUAUGGAGAAAGGAACUCUAGCAGGAGAUGAUACUUGUAUUGCGGAUCCAAACCUCGUCGACUGGGAUGGACCAGAUGACCCUGCUAAUCCACGUAACUGGCCCAAGACAUUCAAAAUGGCCAAUGUAAUGCUUGUCAGUUUGUCCGUGCUAUAUUGCAAUCUUGCGACCACGAUGUUCUCUCCGGGAGCCAAACUUAUGCAGAGCGAGUUCGGCUUCAAGAGCGACACUGUUGAGAUUCUUACAAUUACCAUUGCCUCACUUGGCUUUGCGAUGGGUCAGUUCUUUGUGCCACCCCUGUCCGAGGUUUUUGGACGUGUGCCUGUUUAUCGCGUGAGCUCAAUAUUCUAUCUUGGAUUUACUGCUGGUUGUGCACGGAGUACCCAUGUUGCAGAGUUUCUUGUCUUUCGCCUGUGCACAGGCCUUUCUGCUGCGUCAUACAUGUCAACAGGAGGUGGUACUGUCGCAGACUUGUUGCCAAAGGAGGAGAGAGGAGCAGCAAUGGCUCUUUUUACUGCGGGACCGCUUCUUGGACCGGUCCUUGGCCCUAUUGUUGGAGGAUUUGUGACUGAGAAUUUGAGCUGGAGAUGGACAUUUUAUCUCAUUCUGAUGCUUGCCGGCACCAUCUCGGUUGCCUCUUUCGUAUUCAUGCGUGAGACAAGCGCCGUCACCAUUCUGCAGAAAAAAGCUACCCAGUUGCGCAAAGAGACAGGAAAUCCGAACUUGCAUGCAAAGGGCGAAAAGCAGACCCCGAUCAGCCAUCUUAUUUCUCAUGCCGUGACUCGUCCAGCCACUUUCCUCGUCCGCUCACCUGUUCUCUUCCUGACCUCUCUUUACAUUGCGUUCAAUUUUGGUCUGGUCAUGCUGUUAUUUGCGACAUUUCCAACCGUCUUUGAAACCUACUAUGGUUGGAGUGUUGGUGUCUCCGGUCUGGCAUAUGUCGGUGUCGGCAUUGGCUGUGCCGUUGGUGUAUCGAUCUUUGCCAAUUUUAGUGACCGCUUGCUGCAUGCUGAAGGUGGAAAGUUCCACGCUGAGCGACGUCUGAUCUUGAUGAUGUGGGUCUCUCCUCUUUUCCCCAUCGGUUUGUUUCUCUACGGGUGGACAGUCCAGUAUCGAGUGCACUGGGUUGUUCCCAUCAUUGGAACAGCUAUCUGCGGACCUGGUGCCGUGAUCAUCAAUUCAUCCGCGCAAACAUAUAUCAUUGAUAUAUUUGGACCCGAGACGGCCGCAUCGGCCAUCGGUGCUCUCACGAUCAUUCGUAACAUGACAGGAGCAUUUCUGCCUCUUGCCGCUCCAUCACUCUAUGCUCAUCUAGAUAUGGGUUGGGGAAACAGCGUGCUCGCAUUCAUUACGAUUGCUUUCAUCCCAAUACCAUUCUUGUUCUACUGGAAGGGAGAGUGGCUGCGUCAGAAGUUUCCAGUCAAACCUUGA